GGUCCCUACACCCGGGAGGAAGCUCGAAUUAUUAAAACACAGGGAGAACACGUGUCAAGCUAUUAUCACACAACUUACAAAGAGCAAAAUACCAAUACAGCGGAAAGGUAACAACAUCGGUGGCACACACGUGAAGAAACGCGCAGAUGUGGGCAGAAAACAUACACUAGACUGUGUCAUUCGCUCCUGCCUCUUUAAUGAAGCUCUGGUUUCCAUGUUCAAUGAACUCAAUCUCGAUUUUUACGUCAUCAGCGACAAAACCACUAUCGGAGCACUCCUGGAAAUGGUUUGAAGACCGUCACACGGCAAAGAGCGAUCAUGCGCGGUGGAAAACUGCUGCCGCGUGCACUGUCGAAAACCCGCAAGAGACACGAAUGACUAUUUGCCUUCCUGUAAGUAAAAUAUAGAGGACAAAACGCUCGAGCAAAACUGUACUUUUGUUGACGGGACUCCAUUCUCGUCGAUUGAACAUGCAAGAGCGUGUGGUGUCUACCUUUUGACGAUUGCAUGGGAGCUACAAGGAUACCUGGGAAAUCUGGGAAGGGGGGCAGCGAGUUUUACUACCCGACCUUACGGCGACGAGGGACAGGGAUAGAGUUCAUCGGUUGGUUCAUACGUCGUUAGGAGCCAAUCACGCAGGGAUGCCGCUUCCCAUCAAUUUCCUUCGUUUCACUUGUUGCUUUGUGACGCAUCUUUUCGUUUCGUGUUUUGUUGUCCUGAUUUCCCCCAAGUGGUCGAGCGUCGCCACUCUUCCGUUUAGCGAUUUCAUGUCCUCGAAGACAACGACCCCGAGUGGUGGCUAACCAUGCCGUAUGUCGAAAUAACAUCUGCAUCCAAACUCUUUGAAGACAAGCUUGUGACUCUUCUCCGUUCUCGCUCCCAUUUUGUCGGCCGAGAAAACUGCAGCUGACGACCAGGCACGAUAUAAUACAACUCGUUCGCCUGGAGACAAAGAUAAGACACUUUUGCCACAUCACUCUGUUGGAGACAGCGGCCAGAGAGGUCUUGUGACGACCGAAUUACGUCGCACAUUUCUGCCGAUCGGUGUCGGGUGAUUUGUCCCUCUAAAUAUACAAGAGAUCUUGGUGCGAGAGUCCUCUCGGAGUCCCGACCACUUCCCCAAACUUCGUCUGGCGACAGCCUGUGGAUAUUGAUGAGGGGAAGGCAGUAGUGAGUUGUUCCAUUCCGUUUCAUCUCGUUUCCUGUCACGUACACAUCUGUAGGUUUCUCGUGGUUGUUCGACCCUAACCAUUCUCCCCUGACAACUCUUGCUAGACGCAGAACCGUCGUAGAACGGUGUUUAUCUGAGUCUCCAGCGUAACCCCAUUUCAACCUGUGCCGCUGCAGACCACCGACUUGUUCGUACUUGAGGGUAGCACCAAAUAUAACAGGCUACUUUCGUACAUCCAUUUGCAUGCAUAGCGUGCGGACAUCCGUUUGUGCGCACUCCCUUCCGUAUCCUUUUAAAAAGGACAACGCAGUGAACUUUUGCGUGUCUCGACCCCUGAGCCAUCAGCUUUGACGAGGCCGUCGAUUGCUAGUCGUAUUAGCUGCGUCGCUUGCGUAGUAUUUCGUGCUGUUAUGCAUCGUAAAGUGGCACGUUGCCUCCGUGUAGCCACGACUUCGGAUCGAGGCGAAGGUGCAGCGCUUUUCUCCCCUUCGUCUCCAGGGCAUCACGGUUUGGAACACAAACGCCUGCUUUUUCUGCGUUUUUCCACUCCGUUCUGUGUCUCUCGGCGCAUCAUCUCGCUCCAUUCGUGUAAAAGACGCUCCUAUACGGAUCUACGUCUCUGUUUCACCUUCGUCGUUAUUGGAAACGUCCUCACUCGCUGUCCCUUGCCCCGGUGGCAUGUACACGGGAGCGUUCCGUCGCUAUCCACGGCACGAAGGAGAACCCUUCUCUCCGUAAUAGUACUCCCGCGUUGAUUCUGGACAGCGUACCGAACGUUGGUUUCUCCGAUUCCCUUUCUCGUGAGGGAGGGCAGUGUCAGUUGUUAGCCACUGCCUCAGUCUGUCUUUCUCUUUCUCUCUUGUCUUUUUUCCCCCUGUGUCUCAGUGUUUUUCUCUGCAUAGCCAUCUCGAGAGAAGAGUUCGUUGGAAUCGUGAACAGUGAUGCAAUUCAGCACUUUGUGUAGCGACGUGUGACUCUCGGCGCGCAGCCGCAUGUACACAGCAACGGGGUUGAAGACUUCCACUCAUUUGUCAGCGCAAAAUGGCGCAGAAUGCCUUUCGGUUGUCAGGAGACAUGCUCCAUCUGGUCUCCAUAUUUUUGCUCCUUUUCAAGUUGUACCGGAGCAAGAACUGCGCAGGUUUGUCGGCGCGGAUGCAGGAGUGUUACUCCAUCGUUUUUUGUUGUCGCUACCUGGACCUCACCUACUCGUUUAUUUCUGUCUACAACUCCGCGAUGAAGGCGAUCUUCAUUUUGUCCACAGCCUACCUCGUAUUUCUCAUGAAGAAGAAAGUGCCAAUCUCUACAACGUACGAUGCCAAGGCUGACUCCUUCAACUACAUGCUGUAUCUCGUGCCGCCCUGCGCCGUCAUUACGCUCGUCACUGCAGACUCGUUCGCCGUGACAGAUCUCAGCUGGACCUUUUCCAUUUGGCUAGAGAGCGUAGCCAUUCUGCCUCAGCUGCUUCUUCUCCAACGGCAGAGAGAAGUCGAGAAUCUAACGUCUCACUACGUUGCGUGCAUGGGGCUGUAUCGCCUCAUGUAUAUCUUGAAUUGGGUCUACCGGUACCUCACGGAGUCCCCGCCGCAUGUGAACGUCGUGAGCUGGGUAGGCGGUGUCGUGCAGACUCUCCUCUACGCAGACUUCUUCUACUACUAUGUGCAUGCGCGAUGGUAUGGUCACAAGCUUGUCCUGCCCGUUGUUGGUGGGGAAGUGUGAGACAGGAGAGGCUAGAAAACAGAGGCAACAAUCGCGACCUCUGUCCUGAUGAUCUACGCUGAGCCUCUGGAAAGGGAACGAUGCACAAACUUGGCAGGCCGCUCGUCAGGGGAAAACCGACAAGAACGGCCCUGACGAGGGACUUUUCUCGUGUCCUCCUGACGAGGAAUCUGGCAGAGGAUCCAUGCUGACGAAUGCGCCAGUGGUUGGCUCUGUUGGAUAAAAUCCCGCGGAGUUUUCCUUGGGAUGCCUCCACAUCUUGCAGGAACGGGGCAAGAUCUCCAGAUUCGCAUGGUUGGGUAAAGUCUGAAGACCACUGAUCCGAUGGAGGAGAGGAACGAGAGGGUGGUGGAGGAAGAGCGAAGGAUAACUCUUGAGCGAAAAACUCACGAAGAGUGAUUCUAGUUGCACAGUGUACGAGGAGCGGCCGCACGUGUCACGACUGUCAACUAGCACAGUUUCUUCUGGGGAAUGAGGGGAACCUGCAGAGGGGAUGGGCUGUCUUGUGACAGCCCGCUGUUCGACACUUCUAUUUUUUCAACUCGUGGUGUCACUGGUGAAUCCAUCAUUCCCUAUAUGCGGUGCUCCUCGGACAGGGGGCUCAAUUUAAAAAUGAAUGUCUGUCACCCUGUUGCGUUGCGUGAGCGCAUGCGCGUGAACCUUGUAGACACUCUUCACUGUUCGUAGAGCCCUGCUUUCCGACACUCCAAACGUGCCGCACUUGGCAACGAGGC